AUGCAGACUUUGCUCUGGCAUGUCCCAAACGGUACAUGUACCUAUAAGUUUCUGGUUUAUGGACCUCUGGCACCGUGCACGUGUCAUCCAAGAUUUUGGCAAAUGCUCCAAGGGGGCACAGAGGAUCACGACUUAGCCGGGUUACCCGACGAUACGAAGAAGGAGCAAUAUCUGCAACUGGUCCUUGCGCCGCUGAUCCCAACUUCAACUCCCAACUUCAACUCCAAACUUACCUGGGAGGAACCGCUUCCAACCAGCAUUUGCUCGAACGAUCCUGGCCCGCCACGAGCUCAGGAGGUUAGAAGCUUUGGGGAAUUGGCCCAAGGAAGCAUCUCGAGAACUGGUGGUGUGCGACUUGCUUCCGAAGCCAGCAUGGAAGCCUGCUGUCGGUAA